AUCUAGAUUUCAUUAUGCAUACGCUGACGAACAAUUUCACAUUCGAUUAUCAAUCCCUCAACCACGUUGCUGUACCCGUCAGUUCUGGGCAUUUAGGUUUUCUCAGUUAGAAUCGUCAAUUUGACGCUAUAUUUUCGGAUUUCUUCCUUAAAAACUGUUGCUAUGUGGUACUUGUAAGCUUACACUAUACUGUAUUCAUGAAAUUCCGCUUAUAUUUGCUACACCUUCCGCUUUGCGAUUUUGGUAAAUUGGGGUUCUGGUUGGAUUGCGAUCCGAGUAGUUUGUUUGCAAAAUAUUGAAAAUGUGCUAUAUUAACUACGCCAUCGAUACUGAGAAAAUACCUAAACCUCGAUGAUGAUGGUUACUUUGGACCUCAAACUAUUGUAUGAAUUCUGAACCUGUAGAGAAAAGUUUGUGGCAACACUGGCGAAAAGUCCAACAUUUGCAAAAGAUCCAAGACGCCUUCAAUUUGAAGCAGACAUAAAUCGCCUCUUCCUCUGUACCAGCUACAAUCGUGUGGGGAAAGAUGCUGAAGAUGCAGAUAUAGAGGAGAUAAUCAACAUGGCAAGUAAAGCUGAGCUAGCAGAUCAAGAAAGACAAGUCCAAGAAAACAUCCAUUCUCAAAUCACAAACUUCUGUACAUCAAUGGACGAGAUCCUCCUUCCUGACUUCAACUCUCAUGAUCCAUCACUUAAAUCAUCAUCCCAACAAAACCCUACUACCCCUCGCCCUAGUGGCCUUAGUCUUGCCAUUGGUAGAAAUACUCCAACAAACAUCAAUCUUCUUGAUGUACCCGAGACAAAACAGUUGACAUUCACAGAGGUAUCCCAAAAGUUAAAAGAUGUUACAGGAUACACCCUUGAGCUAAAACCAUCUCAAAUCCCUCAUGAACAAGCUGGAAGAGGUUUAUUCAUAGAUGGUGAAGCAGAUGUUGGCUCUGUAAUAGCACUCUACCCAGGUGUGAUCUACUCUCCGGCUUUUUACCGUUAUAUCCCUGGAUACCCAAGAAUCAAUGCACAAAACCCUUAUCUCAUCACUAGAUACGAUGGGACAAUCAUCAAUGGUCAACCAUGGGGUCAAGGUGGUGAAACCCGAGAACCAUGGGGUCAAUCUAGGGUUUAUCAGUCAAACCCUAGUUCAGAUUCAGGGUCAAUGUCAGGGUCAGGGUCAGACCGGGUGUGGAAGAUGUUGAGUAAACCUUUAGAAGGGUCAAAGUUAGGGUUUAAUGGUGAUGAGGUGUUAGAGAGAAGGAAUCCAUUAGCUUUAGGUCAUUUUGCAAACCAUCCAGCAAAGGGUGUGGAGCCUAAUGUGAUGGUUUGUCCUUAUGAUUUUCCUUUGAGUGAAAAGGGUAUGAGAGUUUAUAUACCGAAUGUAGUUUUUGGGGGUAAAGAGGGAGAGGGAGUGAAGAUGAAAAGGUUUGGGAGUUUUUGGUUUAAGUCCGGGGGGGUUUCUGACAAUAAUGGUGAAGUGGAAGGGCCGAUUAUGAAAAGUCUUGCACUUGUUGCCAUGCGGCCACUUUGUAAUGAAGAGAUUUAUUUGAAUUAUAGAUUGAGUAAUUCCAAGAGGCGGCCUUCGUGGUAUGCCCCUGUGGAUGAAGAAGAGGACCGAAGAAGAUGGAGCUAAGCUUAGUUGACUCACUAUUUGCAAUUCUUUAAUAAUUUUGGGGUUUUAAUUUAGAAUCCAAAAGCAAAUGCUUGCACUGAUAGUUCUUAUCAGCAGUAAGGAGAUGAAAAUUCAUAAGUGAGAGUGUCAGGUUUAGAAAUACGUGAAGGAAAGUGUUUUUUAUUUUGAAAUACAAACAUUAGUUUCCUUUUUUUUUUUUAUCAAAAUAUUUACUGAAGUGGUUGAAACUUGUUUUACAAUGUUGAAGAUGAUACUUUGAAAAUGUUGUGGUAGGUAUAAUGAAAGUUGGAUGUUAUAAUAAACAAAAAAAAUGUUUUUUUGUUG